CUUAGUCACUUGUCAUAGUGCUCUGAGUCUUUACAGUGGAUAGUCCCUCUCCUCUGAGAUGGACAGUAUCACCUAGCAAUAUGUGUGCCCUGGCAACAUGAGCACAAUCAAGAGUAAUCGGCAACUGUACCUGCAGUACUCAGCCAUGGCCCCCAAGCUGCUGGCCCGCAUCUGUAAACUCCUCAUCACCUGUCGCAAUGCGGGCAUCCCCAUCCCAAAGGGCAUCAGGAACAUCUUUGAGUUCACCUGGGAGGAGCUCAUCACUGAUCCCUCAGUGCCCACCCCAUCUGCCAUCCCGGGUCUGGAGGUCACCUUUGGAGCACCUCCUGUGGUGCUUAUGGAUGCAAUCUCAGCUCAGGCCCCGGUCCAGAAGAAGCCGGCGCCAGCAUCCCCACUGCAGCCAUCACAGGUGCUGCCCACAGCCGCAGGGUUGGCCAAGAACUCCACCCCUCCCACCUCUGCCCGCCAGGUGGGCAACAGCCAGGACACCCUGCACAAGUUUCAGCGGCAGUCCAUCCACCUGCUGACAGAGCUCCUUGCCCUGAAGAUGAAGGCCAUGGUGGAGUCUGCCUCUGUAGGUGCCAACCCCCUAGAUGUCACCAAGCGCUUCGUGGAAGCCAGCCAACUCCUGCAUCUCAAUGCCAAGGAAAUGGCCUUCGACUGCCUGAUCGGCACUGUUGGAAGGAAUAGCUACUCUGUGGGAACGACAGGGAAAGAGUCCCCCAUGAACAUGUCCGUUAUGGGAGUAAACUCACCUUACCAGCUGAUCUAUCAGUCUUCCACAGCCUGUCUGAGUUUUUCCCUCUCAACUGGAAAGGAAGUCAAGAAGAAAGGCAAAUCAAAAGCCAUAGAAGAUGUCAUUAUGUCACCACCCCCUCGAGUGAUGAGAAUAUCUCCUGAGACUGAGGUCACUGACCCUUGCCCUGAGGCUCGGGAGAUGCUGCAGGACAUGUGUCGCCACACACAAGCUGAAAGGGCCUCGUGGAAAGGAAGGAAUAUCUCCUACCCCAUGAUCUUACGCAACUAUAGGGUAAAGCCUUUCCAUCAAAUGUUGGCCUCCAAAGUGGACUCUUAUGCCCAGGGUUUCCAUCACCCACACACGGGGGGUGCUCAGACUCCUACUUCCACCUCUCACCAGCCUCCCAUGUACCAUGCUCACUCCAGUGUGAGUUAUCAAGACUGGAAGAUGCCCAAGAAGCCCCUCAAGUUGCAUUACUCCUUUUGUGAUGGGACCUCCUUCGUUUAAUAUCCUUUUGCUUACUAUCCUUCUGGAAACAUCGCAGUGUGUCAGCUCCCCACGUGCUGCAGAGGGAGAACCAUCACCUGCCUCUUUAAUGACAUGCCUAACUUCUUCCUGGCCCUGUUCAAUGGUGAAGGACAGGGCUGUGUUCACUACAAUAUAAAGCCCUGCUGCUCAUAUGUCUUGGUCUUGGAUGAGGAAGGCGGGAUCACCAAUGACCAGAAGGGCUACGUAGUCCACAAGUGGAGUUGGACUUCCAGGACAGAGACUUUGCUCUCCCUGGAAUACAAGGUGAACAAGCAAAUGAAGCUAACAGUGCUGGGGCAGGACUCCAUCAUGGUCACCUUCACUUGCCUGAAUGAGACAGUGACACUCUCUAUAUCAGCGAAAAACUGUCCACAUGUCAUGACACCUGAAAAACGGAUUACCCGCAGAAUCAACAGCAUUGAUGAAAAGAUGCUGAAGAUGAACCGAGCCUUGGCUGAGAUCAAGAAGCGGUUUCAGAAGACAGUGACUCAGUUCAUGAACUCUGUCUUGCUGGCAGCAGGCCUGUUCACCAUAAAAUAUCCCACCAUAAAGGAAGAGGCAGAACUUGGCCGCAUCAAGAUGAAAUCUGGGUCUUAUCCAGAGCGAGGCCGCAAGCCAAGUUCGUACACAGGAGAGAUCUCUUCACGAUCCCAGUCAGCCCGACAGGAUUCCGUAAUUGAAGACUCUUUGAAGGAAGAGGCUGGGCCAGCUCCUGUGAUCCCUGCCUGGAAGAAGGACAUCAAAAUCCAGCCCAAACCCACUCCCAGAGGGAAACCCAGUGAGGUGCACAGCCACACCCGGUGGGCGGCCUCACCCUAUGACUGCCCACUGGUGCUUCGGAGGCUCGUGCGCAAGGAAGACAUCCGGGCUGGCUGCAAGUGUGUUGUGAAGGCACCCUUGGUGUCUGACUUGGAGCUGGAGCGCUUCCUGUCAGCACCCCGAGACCCCAGCCAAGUGCUAGUGUUCGGAAUCAUCUCAGGGCAGAACCACAGCACUGCCCAGCUGCAGUGGCUGCUGGACACACUGUACAGCAGUCAGCAGCAGGGCCGUGCCUCACCCUGCAUCCAGGUUGUGCGGCACGAUCCCUACCGCCUGUUACGGUAUGACCUGGAGAGCCCCCUGCAGAAGGACCCACCCCUGCUGGUGAAGAAGUAUGCUGUAGUGCGAGGGAUGGUUCUGAUGUUUGCUAGGGGGAAGCUUCUUUUUGGGGGCUGUGUUCUGAAUGGAUAUGGCUUCAGCAAACAGAAUCUGCUGAAACAGAUCUUCCAGGCUCGGCAGGAUUGCAAGAUGGGCUACUUCCUGCCAGACAACUACAAAUUUAGUGUUCGAAAUGCUAUCCCAAGUCUGGAGGAUUCUGACUCAGCUAAGAGAGCCAUGUCUGAGGAUCUUGAAGGAAGCUUCUCCUCGGUCCUGGGUGACAAGGUGGAAAAGGAUAGCUCUUCCCAAGUUGACAAGUUGAAAACGCCUGAAAUAGAUCUGCAUCCUUUGGUUGUCAAGCUUAGGAGGGGCAGUGAGAAAGUGACCACCUGGAAGAAACAGACCAAGAAGUGACACCCUCCCUACACCCAUCCCGGCUUUUCAGUCUCCCAUCCCCUUUAAUAAACACUCAU